UUAUUAGUGUAAUUUUUUUUCCUUUAAAACUGUUGCUACUGUUCCUAUAUCUACAUAGACAUAACCCAUGAUGGCCGCAUGAGAGCGUCAAAGCCGCGCCACCGCAAGAGCCGCCACUCGGGAGUCGCCGCCGCAUGAGCCGCCACCACGAGUAGCAUUGACGCCGUGAGAAGUCGACUACUCCCUUGCUGCUGGGAGACACUACAUCACGAGGCUGCGAGAGGAGUCGCCGCUGUGAUAGGCGCCGCCGCGAGAGUCGUCGUUGCGAGAGUUGCCACCGUGAGGACUGUCGGAUUUUCUCUUGCCACCGGGAGAAGCUGCAUCGCGAGGCUCGUGAAAUGUUAUAUCACGCUUGUAGUGGCUACAUGUAGAGUUUGAAAUCGAGCAUAAGCAAAACCCUCCGAGGAACAUGCACAGAUUUUCGGCGCUUUUCUUUAGAAAACAUGGUCUGGCUCCCUUACUACGGAGAAAAUCAUUGGUAAUCACACCUGAAGACACCUUCUGUCAUUUUUUCUGUACUAUCUCUGAGGUAAGUUUUUCUCAGACCUCCUCGCAGUUACCCGCACAUUGCAAUUCUAAAAGCUCAACAUUUGACACCAACACCAAAAAUGGCAUAACAAACCAUUUUGGCCUCAUUCGCCUGCAAGAGAUUUCAAUAAACCACGCAAACGAUCAAAGCCAUGACGAGUUUGCUUCUGAUGUGGAAAAGGUUUAUAGAAUAUUACGAAAGUACCAUUCUAGGGUUCCCAAAUUGGAACUUGCUCUCAGGGAAUCCGGAGUUGUUGUGAGGCCCGGAUUGACUGAGCGUGUGUUGAAUCGAUGUGGUGAUGCCGGGAAUUUGGCGUAUAGGUUCUAUUCCUGGGCCUCUAAGCAAUCUGGUCAUCGACAUGACCAGGAUGCAUACAAGGCAAUGAUUAAGAUUUUGGGUAGGAUGCGACAGUUUGGUGCUGUUUGGGCACUGAUUGAGGAAAUGAGGCAGGAGAAUCCUGAGUUGAUUACGCAGCAAGUGUUUGUUAUUUUGAUGAGAAGGUUUGCCUCUGCAAGGAUGGUUCAGAAAGCGGUGGAAGUGUUGGAUGAGAUGCCCAAGUACGGGUGUGAGCCGGAUGAAUAUGUUUUUGGGUGUUUGUUGGAUGCUUUAUGCAAGAAUGGAAGUGUUAAGGAGGCAGCUUCGCUGUUUGAGGACAUGAGGUAUCGGUGGAAACCGGGUGUGAAGCAUUUCACUUCAUUGUUGUAUGGUUGGUGUAAGGAAGGGAAGCUUAUGGAGGCCAAACAUGUGUUGGUUCAGAUGAAGGAAGCGGGCAUUGAGCCAGAUAUUGUGGUUUAUAACAACUUACUCGGUGGGUAUGCUCAGGCCGGGAAAAUGGGGGAUUCUUAUGAUCUUUUGAAAGAGAUGAGGAGGAAGGGUUGUGAACCAAACGCGACGUCCUACACAGUUUUGAUCCAGUCACUUUGUAAACACGAAAGGUUGGAGGAGGCUACGCGGGUAUUUAUUGAGAUGCAGAGAAGUGGUUGUCAGGCGGAUGUUGUCACAUAUUCCACAUUAAUUAGUGGAUUUUGUAAGUGGGGAAAAAUCAAAAGGGGGUAUGAGCUUUUGGAUGAGAUGAUACAACAAGGGCAUUCUCCAAAUCAGGCUAUUUAUCAGCAUAUCAUGGUGGCCCAUGAGAAGAAGGAGGAACUGGAAGAAUGUAAGGAACUGGUGAUUGAGAUGCAGAAGAUUGGGUGUCCUCCGGAUCUUAGUAUUUAUAAUACAGUCAUUAGAUUGGCUUGCAAGUUGGGAGAGGUCAAGGAAGGUGUUGGGCUUUGGAAUGAAAUGGAAUCCAAUGGCCUCAGUUCUGGCAUUGACACCUUUGUCAUCAUGAUUAAUGGUUUUCUUGAGCAAGGCUGCCUAGUUGAAGCCUGUGAGUAUUUUAAAGAGAUGGUUGGAAGAGGGCUUUUUACUGCUCCUCAAUAUGGAACCCUGAAGGAGCUGAUGAAUUCUCUUCUAAGAGCUGAGAAACUUGAAAUGGCCAAAGAUGCAUGGAAUUGUAUCACAUCUUCUAAAGGGUGUCAACUAAAUGUGAGUGCAUGGACAAUCUGGAUUCAUGCACUCUUUUCAAAAGGACACGUGAAGGAGGCUUGUUCAUUCUGUAUAGACAUGAUGGAUAAGGAUUUGAUGCCGCAGCCAGAUACUUUUGCAAAACUUAUGCGUGGUCUGAGGAAAUUAUAUAACAGACAGUUCGCAGCAGAGAUCACGGAGAAGGUCAGGAAAAUGGCAGCUGAUAGGCAGAUCACUUUUAAGAUGUAUAAACGGAGGGGAGAGAGGGACUUGAAAGAGAAGGAAAAGGAGAAAAAGGAUGGGAGGAAGAGGAGAGCUAGACAACGCCAAUGGGGUGGAGGCCGUCAGAAAUUAUAACUUUCACAGUUGAAGUUGGACGUAAAAUAUGUAGGAAUCCAGAGGAUUGUGAUUUUUGAUGCAGUUUCUAUUUGCAGCCAUAUGAAGCCUCUUCGGUCCAGAUUAUCACUCAAGGGAAGCUAAGUGCCUCACGUAUAUUAAGAAUUCACAAGGUUGAUUUAGCUUAUUAAUUAUGUAAUUGAGAAGAUGGUGCUUGACAAACCUUUGGAUAGCUCAAGUGCUGAUGGUAGUUUUGCCCUUGGGUUUCCUGGUUCACAGUCACAGUAUCAAACAGUUGGAGAUGGGUCCUUUCGAUCUGGAUUUAAGCCUUAGCAAAAGCUUAGACCUUCGAUUGAAAUGUUGUGCAACAACCAGGUUUUCUUUCUUAUGAUCAUGUAAAUUGCUUCUGAGCAAUUAUUCUUCGUGGGUUGCCUGCAUUGAUCGGUAGUAUUAUAGGAAACUGUAAAUUCUUAGUGUGCAUUAUCACCAAACCAGUAAUUUUAUAUCUAGUGCUAGUUCUCAUCUAACAUCGCAUUUGGGUCUUGUGUUCUUUCUCUGCAUCACUGCAUGAAUAUUUGAGUGUAUUCAAUAUGCAAUUCUGAAGGCAAAACAUUAGUUGAAACUGUAACGCGACUAACUGUAGCUAUGGCAUUAUUUGCUUAGAGGUCUA